CAGGCGCCGGAGGUCGGAGUGUCGAGCUGAACCCACAGAUGGGCAGUAGUAAGAGUUAGUCCUCCCCCCCAACUUCUCCAACACCUCGCUGAUCCGCUGCCGAGCCGCCUUCGGUGAGAACAUCUCCACCCUGCCAGGGACUCCGAGGUCACCAUUCCCCCCAGCUUCAAGCAGAUUUCCACAUAAGGCCGGAGAAAAUGGCAGCAAUUCCAUCAAGCGGCUCCCUCAUCGCCACCCACGAUUACUACAGGAGGCGUCUGGGGUCCACCUCCAGCAGCAGCUCCUGUGGGAGCUCCGAGUACACGGGGGAGGUCAUCCCUCACCAUCCAGGACUGCCACGACAGGACUCUGGACACUGGUGGGCCUCUUUCUUCUUCGGGAAGCAGAACCAGAACCAGCCUAGCAUGCACAACGGCGCUGAGUCCGAGAAGAACAGAACCUACACAGUGGCCAACGGUCAGGUCACUUGUAUCGCCAGGGAAAUGGUCUUGAAGAAGCAGCUGAGCGAGAGCAGUGAGCACGCAAAGUUUGAGGCGACAACCCCUCCACCACCUUCCUCCUAAGGGUUCCCUCCAUCCCUUCAUCCACCCCCAUACAUCCAUUUCCAUACAUCCACCUUCAUGCAUCCACCCCAUACAUCCAUCCUCAUACGUCCACCUCCCAUACCCCCCCCCCCAUAUAUCCUGGCCCGGCCACCCAUGAAACAGUUCACUACUGAAGAUGGAGAUGACGGCGGCUUGUUUUUAUACUUGUAGUAGAUGAGAUAUUUUUCCUCUAUGUUCAUAUAUAUAUAUAUGUAUAUAUAUAUAUAUAUGUAUAAUGUACCUUUUUACUAUGACCUAAAAAAGACUAAUCAAAUGUAUAGAGUUUUUUUGCAUUUCUUGUCAUUUGUGACGUGGUUCGCUGUUAAAUAAAAUGCUUGCUACAUUAGUA